UUCAUGUUUACUUAUAUUUGGUAUUGGUGGAAAGAUGACAUUUUUAGCAAAAGUUUCUAGUAAACCUUUCUCUCUUGGAUAGUUUCUGAUGCCAACAAAGACAGACUUUUAUUUAAGACUGUGGGGGCAAAAAAAUAUUGCAAAUGAAUCAAAUGAUCAAAGAAUAUAAUCAAAUCUUUCAGCUAAUAAACUAAUAUAGGCAAUGAUGUAACAAGACUACAAAGAGUAAAGUAAUGUCACGAGGCUAGCAAAAAGUAGGAUAAUAUUGUAGAUGCAUUAUAAACAUCGGCCAUGCUUAUUCAUUAUUAUGUCUUAAACAAUACAUAGUAUAUACUAUAUACUGAUCAUGUCUGUUCCCAUAACACAUGCCAAGAAAGUAACACACAAUCAAUCUCUUGCUCUCUCUCUUCCUGGCCAUUUCUCUCUUCCAACCCUUAAAUAAACUUAAAAUCUUCUCAGAAUCUUGUGGAUCCUGCUCACAUGGGCUCCAUACCAUUUAUCUUCAUCAUCCUUCUCUUCCAUUUACAGAAAUCAAAACCUCAGACGAUCCAAUCAGCACAUCUCCUUGAUCUAAUGAUCAGAGAUUACACCAUCAGAAACUUCAACAUACAUGUCAAGACAGGCACGGUCCAGAAAAUUCAUCUUCCAGCAAAUUUCUCAUCCAUUGAUAUCGAUACGGCUAAGUUUAGAUGCGGGAGUUUGAAGAGACACGGUGCAAGAAUAGGAGAGUUUCACUUUGGUCCGGGCUUGAGUGUGCAGCCAUGUGUUGAGAGAGUGAUUCUGGUGAGACAGAACUUGGGUCUUAACUGGUCUUCUUCUAUUUACUCAACCGGUUAUAACUUAACCGGUUACAAUUACCAGCUCGUGACUCCGGUUCUCGGUUUAUUGGCUUACAAUUCUAACCCGGACGGUGUGGCUGUGAACCCUUAUGAAGUAAACUUAAUGGGCACAGAGAAAGACCAUAUUCUGAUAGAUUUCUUGAGCAUCAAGUCAAGUGGUAGCCCUAGGAGUGUAAAUUCCUCUCUAUUGUGUGCGUGCUUCACAAGUAACGGUAACAUAACGUUCAAAGAGCAAGUUUCAGCCUAUGUUUGCUUGGGAACAGCACAGGGGCAUUAUGCGCUCGUGGCUAAACAUCAUGAUGGUAGUGGUGGUGGUGGGGUGAUAACGCCGUCGUCUUCACCUGGUGUAAAUAACGGGGGAGGUGGGAAGUUGAGCCGGUGGAAAGUGGCGGUAGGGAGUGUGAUUGGGUCAGUGAUUGGAGCGUUGCUGCUAGGGUUAUUGGUGGUGGCGAUGUUAGUGAAAGGUAAGAAGAAAGCGAUGAGAGAAGAGAUAGAGCAGAGAGCUUAUGAAGAAGAAGCACUUCAGGUUUCAAUGGUGGGUCACGUUAGGGCUAAUCCCAAUAAUAGGUACAGUAGCAAGUAACAACAUAACUUAAUAGUUAGAUCCUCCUUAAUCAUCAUUUGUUUUCCAUUUUUAGUGUUAUUUGAGCUUCUUAUAAAUGUUGUAGUGUGAUUUGUAAGAUCUAUUUCUUUCUUUUUUUGAAUGACAUGUUAAAUUUAGAUGUAAGAUCUGUCUCACUAUCUAGGAGAUAUAAUAUAUGCAUGGAAUUAACUGUUCAGAAAAUGAGUAACUUUUUUUUUUUUUUUUUGAACAUUUUCUUCAGAAAAUGAGUAAUUGAUCAAGGUAUUGUUACUUCAACCUGUUUUGGGUCAGUUAAUUAAUUUAAGAGCAUAUUAAUAGAAUAUGUAAUCUUUAUUUAUACGUUUUAAGUAUAAACACUUAUGAAUUGGAUGAAAACUCGAGGAAUUUAUAGCGAAAAGAUUCUUUUGACUAGAGUUUUCUUUUAAAUUUGUAUUGACAGUGGUUAGAUGAAUUUUAUAGUUACAAGUUUUUUUGGACCACCACAAUGUUUUACAGCGACUUCAGUUCUAAACCCCGCCCUGUAAUAUUAGUUUCGUCUAAAACAUUAUAAAUCAUGUGAUUUCUUAAUUUUGUUUUGGUUAUUUUUUCCCAGUCGAACUAGUAACAACACUUUGUAUUAUUUUUUAUACAAGGCUUAAAACCCACGUAUUUAGCAGGUAGACAAUAGCUCCUCCUAGAGAUGUCAACUGGUUUACCCAUCUCGUCCUGUUCCGUACCGCGUCGGACUAGUCAUCGAGCGAGUCACAGCAGAUAUGUUCCGCACGGACUGUGGUCUUCAAAAUGCCGGCUCAAAUCCGUACAGCAAAACAUAUAGGUCUUUGCGGGCCAUCCCGCGGGAUGUCUCUUUAUCAAACUACCUACUACAACUUCUUUCAUGAAAGUUCAAGUGGAAGAGUUGUGGAAGAGUUGUGUAAGAGAGUUGAAGAGAGUUCAUUAAGCUUCAUUAAAACCUUAUCAAAAUCAACACCAUAAAGCUUUGUUUGUGCUUGCGUUCUUGAGUUAAAAGCUUUUUUUUUUGAUAUCAGCAUAAGAUUUUAUUAAGUUUGAAUCUGAUUGACUUGUUGUCUUUAUAAUAACUUGGCUCAAGUAUUGUAUGUCUUCAUCAAACCAUCUCUCUUUGUAAUUCUUUGGAUUUCCAAAAAAAAAUUGUGAAUCACUUUGUCAAAUUUUACAAAUGAUAAAAUAUUCAACUAACUUUUCUCCUAAACAACAUCAUUGUAACCAAAUUUAAUUUAAGAAAAACACAAUUUCAUAGUACUGAAAACAAAACCAAUCAACUUAAACAAGAAAUCCCACAUUGUAAUAAUGCAAUUCAUAGUUGUGUAUAAUAAAAAGA